AAUGUCCUCCUGGCUGGUGGGUGACUGAGACGGGAAGCAAAGCCAGGCUUUCUGACAUCCCGUGCUGCCUAUACUCUUCUUGCUCAAGCCUUGACUUCCAAAAGGAUGGCUGGCCCUCUUGCUGAGUUUCAGAGAUUUUCUACAGGGCUUUUCUUCUUGUCACUUUGGGGUACUGUUGUAGGUGACAAACUCCUGGCAGUCCCGCUGGAUGGAAGCCACUGGCUUAGUAUGAAAGAUAUACUUGAGCAUCUCAGUGACAGGGGACAUGAGAUCGUGGUGCUGGCACCAGAAAUCAACUUGCUGUUGAAAGAAUCUAAGUACUACACCAGAAAAAUUUACCCGGUGACCUAUAGCCAAGAAGAGCUGGAGGAGCGUUUCCGCUCCUUCGGGAACCAGCACUUUGCAGAGAGAGCAUACGUGACCUCUGCCCUGACGGAGUACAGGAACAACAUGAUCGUCAUUGACAUGUGGUUCUUCAACUGUCAGUGCCUCCUGAAGGACUCAAACACCCUGAAUUUCCUCAAGGAGAGCAAGUUCGAUGCUUUGCUCACAGACCCAGGGCUCCCCUGUGGAGUGAUCCUGGCCGAGUACCUGCAGCUGCCCUCCGUAUACCUCUUCAGGGGCUUUCCCUGCUCCCUGGAGCAUGUGUUCAGCAACAGCCCGAGUCCUGCAUCCUAUAUCCCCAGAUGCUACACAGAGCUUUCUGACCACAUGACGUUUCCCCAACGGGUGAUCAACUUCCUUGUCAGUUUCUUGGAGAACCUGUUGUUUCACUGCCUCUAUUCAAGGUAUGAAGACCUUGCCUCGGAUCUCCUCAAGAGAGAUGUGCGCUUAGCCUCCUUAUUUCAGAAGGACCCCGUGUGGCUGUUAAGAUAUGACUUCGUGUUUGAGUACCCCAGGCCAGUCCUGCCCAACAUGGUCUUCAUUGGAGGGACCAACUGCAAGAAGAUGGGAGCCCUGUCUCAGGAAUUCGAAGCUUAUGUUAAUGCCUCUGGAGAACAUGGAGUUGUGGUUUUCUCUUUGGGGUCCAUGGUCUCAGAAAUCCCGGAGAAGAAAGCUAUGGCCAUCGCUGAGGGCUUGGGCAGAAUACCUCAAACGGUCCUGUGGCGCUACACUGGAACUCCACCAUCAAAUCUCGCAAAGAACACAAUACUCGUCAAGUGGUUACCCCAGAAUGAUCUGCUUGGCCACCCGAAGACCCGGGCAUUUAUCACACAUGCCGGCUCCCAUGGCAUUUAUGAAGGGAUAUGCAAUGGCGUCCCCAUGGUCAUGAUGCCCUUGUUCGGUGAUCAGAUGGACAACGCAAAGCGCAUGGAAACCCGGGGAGCUGGCGUGACCCUGAACGUCCUUGAGAUGACUUCUGAUGACUUAGAAGGUGCUCUUAAGAAAGUCAUCUAUGACAAAAGCUACAAGGAGAACAUCCUGCGCCUCUCCAGCCUGCACAAGGACCGUCCCAUCGAGCCGCUGGACCUGGCAGUGUUCUGGGUGGAGUUCGUGAUGAGGCACAAGGGGGCGCCGCAUCUGCGCCCUGCGGCCCACGACCUCACUUGGUACCAGUACCACUCUUUGGAUGUGAUUGGCUUCCUACUGGCCAUUGUGUUGGUGGUGGCCUUCAUCACCUUUAAGUGCUGUGCCUAUGGCUUCCGGAAAUGCUUUGGAAAAAAGGGCCGAGGGAAGAAGACCCACAAAUCCAAGACGCAUUGAGAAGUUGAGUGGGAAAGAAGGAAAAAUUUUGUUAAAUUUUUUAAUCAGAUACACACUUGAAAACAGAGUCAGUGUUAAAUCUCUUUCAUUCUCAUUAAAGAAAUCUUUUGUUAGACAUCCCUGAAGUAUUUUUGUAAAAAUAAAAAUAAUGUAAUCACUGGUCACCCCACAGGCAAAGGGAUUUGAAUACGGAUUCAAACUCGAGUCUGUGCUGCCCUUGUUGUUUGUCAAAUGAUGCAAAAAAGAUGUUGGCACUUUAUAUUGUUUUUCUUACUCAAGAAAGUCGCCUGUUUGAACGUGCAGGAGUCCCAGGUGGCCCGGAGGUUCUCCUCCCUUCAGCGAUGGCUUUAGGUCCCUGAUCCCUGUGGCCUCCUUUGUUGCAGCCUCAGCAGUGAUGCGUGGCCUCCCCAGGGUCACGCCCUGUAGGUGUUGCUCUGGUGUUCAGAGGGAAGGCUUUGUGCCCUUGGGGUGCGUCAGGUAUGAACGAAUGGGUGGGGGGCCUUGAGAGCACCUGAUUUCUAGCUUUGUUGGGAAAACUCUUGGGUGAUGUGUUUGAGGUGCUAGGAACUGCUUGUGUCAAGUGGAGUGGAAUUUGAUAAAAACAAGGAGAUUGCUGGGGACUAUGUUUUUUCUGAUAAUGAAAAUUUUAUUAAUAAAUUCACAUAAAUUAUA